AUCCACCACCAUAAAAAGAGGAAAAAUCUUAUUGGUAUCCAAGGAGAAUUAAUUAAUCACAUGUUUGGUCUUCACUUUUUCAAACUAGAAAAAGACUUAAUUAUUCACCCCGUCGCAGAUGACAGGAACUUCGUCCAAAAGCCAUCGGUUUGACCCAUCCAAGUGCAACGAACUCGAAUUCCGCCUCCAAUCCCACAUGUCAAGAAUCUCCAGAAAGUUCCGAUCCUCCCCUCCACCAAGCGAUUUAAAGGUGGCAGGUCCACAGCUGAGAAGGCCGAUCGAUCGAGCACUAGCUAGUAAGCAUAUGGAAGAGGACUCCCCUAAGGGGAAGGGGAAGGAGAAGGAGGGGGAGGUGAAGCACCGAGGUGUUCGACGUCGGCCAUCGGGGAAGUAUGCGGCGGAGAUCCGGGACUCGACGCGGCAUGGGGUUCGAGUUUGGCUUGGUACGUUCGACACCGCCGAGGAGGCGGCACGGGCCUACGACCGGGCGGCCUAUGCGAUGAGGGGCCCGCUCGCCGUGCUUAACUUCCCUGAGGAAAUCCACUCUCUUAGUACCUCCGGUUCUUCGUCUUCGCCGAGGGGGAGGGGGAGGGGGAGUUCUGAGACUGAGCAAGGGAAGCUAGUGAUUGAGCUGGAGUGUUUGGAUGACAAGGUAUUGGAGGAGCUUCUUGAGUCUGGGGAGAAGGGUGGGAAGAAGAAAUGACUAAUGACUCAAUUAGUCUACUUUUGUGGCAUAUUUGGCAAAAGAUUUAAAAUUUUUUUUUUUGAGAGCUUUUGCUUUCGGUUGCUUGAGGUUAAUUUGUUUUUGCAGUUGGCAGGGGUUUUUAAAGCCAAAGUAAUGCUUCUAGGUUAUUGUAUUCAUCAUGACAAUGGUGAGGUAAAACUUUUAGUAGGAUAUAGGAGUUAUUUGCAAGGAUGGGUCGGUUUCUAACCCAUCAGCUUAAAUAACUCCUAUAUUCUACUGAAAAACAAGGUGAGUGCAUGUGCAUGACCAACAUAAAUGGGAAAGAGAGUAUGUGAUCACUUUGUUG